AGGAGAGUAAGGAAAGCCAGACAUUAUAGAGCCAGAGGGACAAGGCACUGAUGCCCUCACAGACUUUUCUCCAAAUCCACUCCACAUACCCAGGGAGCUUGAAACUUGGCAUCCAGACUUUGAUCAUCAUCACACAUUCAGUUAAAAAGUUAGUUAUUCAGUUCAUCACUUCAGAUGGAAACAUGGCUUCUAUAGUGUAGCGGGAGCGCUGAUGCUUGUUGUUAGCUCCAUGCUUCUUGUUCCUUCAGGUAGUGUUUUGUUACAUUCGUAGGAGCUCAUACCGUGUGACUUUCUCAUUUCCAAGCGGGAAUUCCAUCACUCCUUGUUUGAACUGUCCUGAACUGCCUUCACCAAUGCUGACUGAAGCGUGCGGAGCCAUGUCGAUGGGGCCAGAUGUUCGAGAUCUGACCCUCUUAACUCCAGCGCCUCCAGUGCCAUCCUUACCUGGAGCUGGUGGAAGCUGUGGGAUGUCUGUUGGCGGUGGCCAGUGGACCCAACUGCUGGACCUCCACCCCGGCUCUCCCUACAGCUGCCUGCCUUCCCACCACUCCCUCAUCAAGCAGGAACCAGGCUGGGGGACCGCUGACUCCAUAGAGGACCCUCACUGUGGACUCGGAGCCUUCACAGUGCACUUCUCAGGCCAACUGACAGGCUCAGGUCCCUGUCGGGCCGGUGCCUUUGGAGAACCAACGGCAGGUCAACCUCGAAUGUUUUCCAGUGGAACCUACUUGCCCAGCUGUAUGGACAGUCCUCCAGCACCCAGGACCGAGGGUUAUGGAGCAGUGGGUUUAGACAGUGACCCAAGUUAUGGCCACACACCGUCUCAUCACACCCCUCAGUUCUCCAGCCUGCCCUUCAAACAUGAGGACACACUAUCACCUCCAAACAACAUAGUUGACCAGCAGUAUCCGGCUCCUCCUCCGGUGUUUGGGUGCCACAAUCCUUCAGAAUCCUGUCCAAACAACCAAGCUCUGCUGCUGAGAAACUACAGCAGUGAUAACCUGUACCAAAUGGCAUCCCAGCUGGAGUGUGUAACAUGGAACCAAAUGAACACCCUCGCAUCUUCCAUGAAGAGUGGCCAUGCACCCAGCUAUGACAGUGACCCCACACCCCUGCCUCCACCCAUGCUUGUCAGUGCCCAGUAUCACAUUCACACACAUGGUGUCUUCAGAGGACUUCAGGAUGUCAGACGGGUGCCUGGUAUUACUCAUCCAGUGGUAAGGUCAUCAGAGGCCAAUGAGAAGCGUCCAUUUGUAUGUGCUUAUCCAGGUUGCAGCAAGAGAUACUUCAAACUGUCACACCUGCAGAUGCACGGCCGCAAACACACAGGAGAGAAGCCUUACCAGUGCGAUUUCACAGACUGUGGCCGCAGAUUCUCUCGCUCAGACCAGUUAAAGAGGCACCAGCGAAGACACACAGGAGUAAAGCCUUUUCAAUGCGAGACAUGUCAGAGAAAGUUUUCACGGUCAGAUCAUCUUAAGACGCACACUCGGACUCAUACAGGUAAAACAAGUGAGAAGCCAUUUACCUGCCGCUGGUCCAACUGUCAGAAGAAGUUUGCCCGCUCCGACGAACUGGUGCGCCACCACAGCAUGCACCAGAGGAACCUGACCAAGCUGCAGCCUACCAUCUGAGCAACGAGAGGAGGAUGACGGAGAGGAAGGUGACAAUAUGUUGUGCCAGACAGUAGAGAAAACACUUGGAACCUGGUCAACAGUUAUGGUGCCUUGCCAGACUUGCUGAAGUGGUGAGCACAGCUGAUGCCUCCAAAAGCCGCACAGACGUCGUCAGGAGAACAGACUCACUGAUGAUCUACGAGAUCCUCAUGGUGCACGUCAACUAGCACUCGUUCAUGUAAUUUGACUUUAAAACUCAGAUUUUGAGAGGGUACCACAGUUAUUCUGAGCCAAGAAAAUGUAAUUUUUUUUAACGUAAGUUGAGGAAAAUGUUGCCACACUAUUUUGGAUAUUUUAGUACACUUGCACUGGCUUCUUGUUUUAUUAUUAAAAUUGUCUUCACCUUGAAAAUGUGCUGGACCAUGUAAACUGGAUUUAGGAAAUGAAUGUGUCACUUUUUGUCCAUUAAGCUGAAUGCAGAGAAAUUUUGAAUUGGAGAGUAUGAACAUCUUUAUAUUCUUACAGUACACAUGACAUUCACCUAAUCGCUUUGUAUAUAUUUGUAUUUGCUUACCCCCAUAGGCAUCCCUUUUGUGUUUUCUAUGUUUUCA